CUGGCGUCAGGACGCUGGUGUCUAGCCAGCGUGAUGACGUAAUUUGUUGCCGGGGAGUUUGAAGCCUAAUGGGCGGGAAAAACCGAGUGCAGCCGGAUCUGUGGUACAGCGAGUAACCUAAGGAACGAGCGGCUGAUCCAUCUCCACAGCUGAUCCAUCAUGGCCGUGCCUUUUGUUGAAGAUUGGGAUUUGGUGCAGACCCUAGGAGAAGGGGCCUAUGGAGAGGUACAACUGGCUGUAAACCGGAAAACAGAGGAGGCAGUGGCAGUGAAGAUUGUAGAUAUGAAACGUGCGGUCGACUGUGCAGAAAACAUAAAGAAAGAGAUCUGCAUCAAUAAGAUGCUUAACCAUACAAAUAUUGUUAAAUUCUAUGGACAUCGCAAGGAAGGAAACAUUCAUUAUUUGUUCUUGGAAUAUUGUCGGGGAGGCGAGCUGUUUGAUAGGAUAGAGCCAGAUGUCGGGAUGCCUGAACAGGAUGCCCAGAAGUUCUUCCAGCAGCUCAUCGCAGGGGUGGAAUAUCUGCAUGGUCUGGGAAUUACUCACAGAGACAUAAAGCCAGAGAAUCUGCUCCUUGAUGACAGAGAUCAGCUGAAGAUCUCGGAUUUUGGAUUAGCCACUGUCUUUAGACAUAAUGGACGGGAGCGCCUGCUGAACAAGAUGUGUGGGACGAUGCCAUAUGUGGCUCCUGAGCUGAUCAAGAUGCGAGGGUUUCAUGCUGAGCCUGUAGAUGUCUGGUCAUGUGGAAUAGUCCUGACAGCUAUGUUGGCUGGAGAAUUACCAUGGGAUCAGCCAAAUGACAUGUGUCAAGAAUAUUGUGAUUGGAAGGAAUCUAAGCACUACCUGCCUCCAUGGAAAAAGAUUGAUGCUGUACCUCUAGCUUUCCUAUGCAAGAUACUAACAGAAAACCCUAGUUCAAGGAUUCGUAUUUCGGAAAUAAAAAAGGAGCGUUGGUUUACAAAACCACCCAAGAAAGGUAUAAAGAGGAGUCUUGGGACAUCAGAUGCACCUGGACUUUUCAGCAAACACAUUCGCUCUGAUAUGGAUUUGUCUUUGUUCUCUCACAGUGAAGAAAAAGUGACCUUUUCCAGUACACAGCCAGAACCCCGCACUGCUCUCCCCACUUGGGAUAGCACUUCUCAUAUAGAUAAACUAGUGCAGGGUAAAGGAAUCAGUUUCUCUCAGCCUGCCUGUCCUGACAACAUGCUGUUAAGCAGCCAGUUACUGGGCACUCCAGGGUCCUCACAGAGCCCAUGGCAGCGCUUGGUUAAAAGGAUGACCCGCUUCUUUACUAAAGUUGAUGCAGAAAGCUCGUACAGCAGUCUGAAGGAGACUUGUGAAAACAUGGGCUAUGUCUGGAAGAAAUGCUGUGCUAACCAGGUAACUCUUUCAACCACUGAUCGAAGAAACAGCAAGCUGAUAUUUAAAGUUAAUUUAGUGGAGAUGGAUGAGCGAAUUUUAUUGGACUUCCGUCUUUCCAAGGGCGAUGGUCUGGAAUUCAAACGACAUUUCCUUAAGAUAAAGAAAAAGUUGGAUGACAUAGUUGCUAGCCAAAAAGUUGUCAUGUCUGUCACAUGAUUACACAUAAAACAGGUUAAGAUUUUCCCACUUGAACCCCAGACUUGUGUUGCUGUACUAGUUUUCUUUUAAUAAUCUGGCACUGUUAGGUGAGUAGUUGCUGAUGUGGUCAGUGGAAGGUAAACUGCUCCCAGGAGAGGGUAGAGACCCAGGUAUUUUUUAGCAUGUGAAAUGCAGGAAUUUCUAUCACAGGCUGUACUGUAUUUUAUCUUUGGGAUAGUGAAACAGAAGACUUUGUUUUGGUCUUUUUGUAACACUUUUCUAGUUUUCUCCGUGCCCUCUCUGAACACAGUUCUGCACCAGUGAUGUAGUAUUGUCACAACUUUGUAAGGUCCAUGUACUGUUCACAUGGGUGAGUCACCCAUUCAUUAAAUUCUGAAUCGACCAAAGUAUGGCUGCUCAUCCUGUGUACCUGAUUUCAAAGAAGAUUUCUUGAAGAAAGGCUACAGUUAUCAGAUAGCAACCUAUGGGUGACAUCUGCUUUGUGUCCCAGAAGAUAAGCGUUUGUUCCUUUUUAUUGCUGUGUGCUUGGUUGCACUCAGAACAUUUCAUUAUUAGUUGCCUUAAAGACACUUCAGACCAUAGACUAAAUGCUAUGAUUUAAAUGUAAAUCAUUGUAUGGACAAAAUGAAUAUUUGGAGUUUAUUAAAUUAAUGUAAUAAUAAAUAAAUGUUUAACUUUUUUGGGAAAAAUU